AUGUCGUCCAUCAAUACCAAAAUUACCUUGGGUCCGCCCGGGUCCCAAUGGAUCUACGACCGCCCCUCCAGGACCUACGACCUCACCCGUGGACAACACACCUCGCCCACGGCCCUACGCGUCGCCGUGGCGCAAGGACAGGGCCCGCCCGGCACAUCGAUCCUCCUGUCCCCGCCCGCCACGGUCCUUGUGGUGGUGGACAUGCAGAACUUCUUCCUGCACCCGUCGUGCCGCGCCCACCCGGCCGGGCUCGCGGCCGUGCAGCCGUUGCUGCGGACCAUAGCGCGGUGCCGCGAGGUCGGGGUGCAGGUUGUGUGGCUCAACUGGGGGCUUACGGAGGAGGAUCUGGAGGGGAUGCCGGCGGGGGUGCUGCGCGGGUUUGCGCGGACGGUGAUGGUUGCUGCUGCUGCUGCUGCUGAUGGUGGUGGUGGUGGUGAAGAGGAGCAGGAGAAGCAGGAGAAGCAGCACCAGCCACCUGCUGCUGCUGGCCUGGGCGUCGACCUGGGGGAGGGGAAGGGGCGGUGUCUGGUGGCUGGGGAGUGGAACAGUGCGCUGUACGGGCCGCUGCAGGAUGUGGUGAGGGAAGGGGAUGUGCACUGUGCCAAGAACAGGAUGAGUGGGCUGUGGUGCGAGAGACAGCCGUUGUGGGCGUACCUGGCGAGGAACAGAAAAGGAGACGACGACGACGACGACGAGAAAGGGGGGAAGAAGACGACGCUGUUAUUUGCGGGGGUGAACACGGACCAGUGUGUGCUGGGCACGCUUACGGAUGCAUAUAAUGCUGGAUGGGACUGUGUUAUGGUGGAGGACUGCUGCGCGACUACGACGCAAGGGGCGAAGGAGGUUUGUCUGUAUAAUGUUGCGAACAACUACGGCUUCGUCAUCGACUCCAAGACAUUCACCGAAGCUGUUAAUUAA